GGGAUGUUGGCGACCAAGGGUAAAGUAGUCAUGAAGCGGAAAAGAGUAGCGGAGGAAGACAAGGCUGCUUGUUAUGCAGGCAAAUUGCACCAUUGUGCUAAAGAAGUGAAGAAAGCUGCGAAGAAGGCUAAGGACUUUGAGAUUCGUAAACUAGUGAAGCGGCUGAAUGGCCUCCGCAUGGCGUUGAAGACGAAACUGAAGAAGGAUAAGCAACUGUCCGAAAACGAAAACUUCGUCGCUGUGACUUCACAAGAGCUCAGAUACCUCAUUGUACCUGCGCAGCCCGGCUCGAACCUUGCCAAGGUGCAAGGUCGUUUGCUGAGCCACAAUGCGACUGAGGCAUCCGACGGUGAACUACACGAGGAUGUUCCUUUACGGCCCAUGAAGAAGGUCAAGAUGGUCUCAGCAGACCCCGAGGAGACUGACUCGGGGGAUUCUGGCGAUGAAAGUUCGCUGAAUAAUCGAGUGACUAUCUGCGAUGAGGAAGAGGUUGCGGACGAUGGGUGGGAUUCAGGGAUUGUGCAUGGAGAAUCAUAUGGUGAAGAGGAAGAAGAUAACAAGGCAGAGGACAAUGGGGUAGCGUCCGAAGUGAAGACUGAGCAUGGUGAAAGCGAUGACGAGGAUACAGUCUCCCGUUCAAAGCAGCCGCUGAGGAAGGCUCCGCUUCCGAGAGCCUCCACGAGCAAGCAAGGAGAGUCGAAAUUUUUGCCUUCGCUAGCUGUUGGAUUCACCCGGGGUGACUCCGACGAGUCUGACUUGAGCGAUGCUGAAGUUGCGCGUGCGGAGGGUGGUGCCAGGAAGAACAGAAGGGGUCAGCGGGCCAGGCGAACCAUCUGGGAGAAAAAGUACGGCAAGAAUGCCAAUCAUUUCAAGAAACAUGAAAUUUUCGGAGCAGUAAAAGGUUACCUGAAUAAGACGAGUGACCGAGAUGUAAAUGGAUCUCGCGACAACUCAAGGAAACCGCGCGGCAACUCUCAUACUAACAAGGGGCCGCACGCUCAGGCGCAAUCUAGAAACGUCACAUACUCUUAA